AUGUGGCACAGGAUCAACAAUGGCGGAUUCCUUUCGGAUGACUUCCAUGGAUCGGAAUCUUCCAGAAAAUUUGGCGCUGCAGGUCAGGUUGGGGACGAAGGUGUUCACAACUUGGGCCAGGAUCCGCGCUUGGGCUGCUGGUGGGCCGGGGCCGGGAUGGUUUUGGAUACCAAAAGGAAGGCUUACACUGGAUCCCUAUCUAUUACCCUGCCCGUCCCACAGAUCGUCAUCGUUAUGCCUCUCGUAAAGUCAGCUCUGCCUCCAUUCCAAACCCUAACCAAAUCAUUUGCUCAAGCCACCAAGAUUGCGACCCGUCCUACGAGCAAACGCCGGCAAGAGGAGUGGAUGGAGGAAGACAACCUUCUUGGGGAGGAACAAGAUCUGCGUCGCCAGCUUCAGAGGGGCGGUGGCAGAGGUCCGGGAGCCGCUGAUGGAGGUGGAAGAGGAAGACGCCUGGAUCAUUACGGUGGUAGGGAUCAAUUCCAAGAGGGGCAUGAGCGUUUUGGGGCCAACAGGGCGUACAAUCCUGGGAGGAAUGACUUUGGGAGAAAUUAUCCCCAGCAAGGAGGCUGGAAUGAUACUCAUCAGGGGGCUCGGAACCACAACAACCAGGGCAAUUGGGCUCCAAAUCAUCAGCAGGCGGGCGGGAAUCGCCCUGAUCAUCGGCUCAAUGAUCCCUGGAGAAGGUGGAGCAGGCCCAUCGACAGGUAUGAAAUCUUUCAACCCUGCUGA